AUGUUACAUAAUUUUCAUACAUACACAUUUGAUCAAUAUCAAUCUUCAAAUUUGUCUAUUCCAGAAAUAGUUAUACCUAGCAACGCAAGUGCAUCUGAUACUCUAAUUUCAGACACUAGUGUUGUGUCUUCACCAAUACUACAAUGGCGACCAACUACUCGUUUGCGCAAACUUUAUACACGAUUUACAAAUUCAAUUUUAUAUCAGCAUUCAUGUAUACCAUGUGCAUAUUGUGGAAAACUCAUGUACCCUGCAAAAACACAAUGGAAACCCUAUGACAGUAAUACAAACUAUCCAAUCGAAGAAUAUUGUUCAAAUGCUCAAUUUAUUUUGAAAAAAACUAAAAAUUGUGUUCAAAUACCAGUGUGUAGCAAGUGCAAAUCAAAUAAACGAACAAUAUACUGUCCUAUUUUACAUCCCAUUCCUCAACAAAUCUUAUCAAUACCUUUAAUGCAACGACGUUUUCUGUCUCCUGUGUUUUUACAUUGUUCUCUUGGACGUAAUUCAGGAGAUAAUCCCUUUUCAGAAUAUCGUAUUCUUACUGGUGAUAUGAAAUUUUCUAAAAAUAUGCGUGCAUUGCAACUCUAUUCUGGGUCUAUGGGUGCAUUUAUGACAGUGAACAAUCCUCAAUGUAGUGAAAAUACAUGGUGCACUCGAGAAUUACAAUUGGCAGCAGAAUGGUUAAAGCUUCAUAACUGUUAUAUACGUCCUUAUGCAAAACUACUUGUAACAUCCAAUAAUAUUUUGACUUAUCCAUCAAGACCAUUUCCUUUUGCUGAACAUUCAAAUAUCUCUUCUGAUAUUCCACCUGUCUAUGAAAAUAGUGUUGUACUUCCAAAUUUAGAUUUUUCAAUUGAAAUACACAACGAAGACUUUCACUACACUCGACUUAUAGCUGGCUUUGUUCAAACAUCAAAUUCGACAAAAUUGCCAUUAUCUUUUAGUAAUCCAGAACUUGAACCGCUUUUAUUUCCUGAUAUUUUUCCCGAUGGACAUGGUCAUUAUAAUGAAAUAAAAAUUCAUAAUAAGAAUAGUAUAACCUAUGGAAAAUAUAUUAAACACAGAUUAUUAUAUGUCGAUUCCAGAUUUCGUUUGCAUCCAUAUUGGCCACUUUGGUCAUAUUUACAAUUAGAAAAAUUAAGAAACCAUCAAAAUAUGCAACGAAUAUGGUGUAAAAAACAAACUGAUACUAUAUAUAAACCUCUGAAUACAGCCGAAUUAAUUACACGAAGUAUUUACACUGGAAAUCGGAUUAUUGAUGAAAGUAAAACAGUUACUUUACCCACAUUUAUUCGAACUGGUGAUUCGUACUUUCAUGAAAAAUUAUUACAUAUAAAUGCUAUGAUUGAACAUUAUAGUCUACCGUCAUUGUUUCUUACACUCUCCAUGGCAGAAGGGAAGUGGACUCAUCUCAAAGAAAUUUUAAAAUCUACUGACAAUAGAGAUACUCUACCUACUAAUCGGCCCUUACAUACCACAUUAUAUUUUGUUAAUCUCAAACAAAAUUUGAAAAAAUACGUAUGGAAACAACCAGAAAUCAGCAAAUGGGGUGAAUUGUUACACUUUUUUGAAAGAAUUGAAUUUCAGAAUCGAGGUGCUGCGCAUAUUCAUACAUGCCUUUGGGUUUCCAAAUCAAUUGAUAAUAUGAUAGAUGAACACAUUAUUCGAUCGGACUUGCCUGACAAACAAAAUGAACCAGAAUUAUGUGAAAAGGUAAUUAAGCAUCAAAUACAUACAUGUAGCCCUCAGCGAUGUGGUGGACCAGCUCCACCAGGACAACAAUGCAAACGUGGUUUUCCAAGACCUUACUCUCCAGUAACAUAUUACAAAUCAGAGCAAUUACGUUACAUUUAUCAUUGUAUCACUCCUGAAGAUCAGUGGGUAGUUCCAUAUCAUCCUGAAACUUUACUAAUUUGGAAUGCUCACAUGAAUGCUCAGUAUGUCACUUCUCGUGGUCUGGAAAAAUAUCUCACAAAGUAUGUAGUAAAACCAGAACCAACACAUAUUUUUAAUGUAACAGAUAAUGAUAAAUAUCAAAAACAUGUAAUAGCCAGACGUUUAGGUUCAAUGGAAUGUAUGUUUUUGCUACUAGGGGAAAGAAUAUGUGAUUCAUCUAUUGCAGUAAAAUAUUUAACUACAGAGAUGCCUGAUAUGAGAUCUCGUGCCAUCCGACCUAUCUUUUUGAUAGAUGAUAAUGAAAAUAAUCCUUAUUGGAAUGAUAAUAUAGACAAAUAUUUCGCUCGUCCAUUAGAUCUGUGUUUUCAGCAAAUCACUUAUUUGAAUUAUUUCAGAAAUUAUAGCAUCUCUACAAAAUCCAAUAACUCUGCAAAUUCAGAAAUUUAUAAAGACCAACUUAAUAAUUUUGUUAUUAGACGUUCUUCUCCAAUUGUUGUUAGGUUUCGAUACUUGAAAAUUGAUGAUAGAGAAGCAUAUUUCUAUCAACAAUUACUUUGCACACUGCCUUGUCAAUCUGAAAAAGAACUACUUGGUAAAUUUCAAUCUUACCGUACACAUUAUUUACAUUUAAAUCCUGAUAUAGAAUUAGCUAUCGAAGCAUCAAGUUCCAAUCUUAAAGCUCAAACCCAACUUCAAUUUCAUAGCUUUAUAGCACAUUUACUUAAUGAAUUUAAAAUCACUAUAAGUCCAAACAUUACCAAAAUUCUGAAUGCCCAAAUUGAAUCCCUAAUUCACUUACCACCUAUGCUACCAAAGACUGUUAUGCUUGAUUUACCUGAAGAUCAAUACCAAACAGAAGCUGGGUAUCAAACUCUGGCAUUUUAUGAUAAAGAUUUCAAUAAUCAAUUAGCAGAAAUUGAAACACUUAUUAUUGAUGAAGUCUCAAUGGUUUCAGCUUCACUAUUUACAUUUAUUUCAAAUCUAUUUGCAUCGAUUCACAACAGUACUCAAGCAUUUGAAGGCAUAAAUGUUAUAGUUGUAGGAGAUUUAGCACAAUUACCACCUGUACGUGGCGAAUAUGUCUUUCAUUCGUCUAUUUGGCAUUUAUUUUAUCCAUUCUUUCUCAAUCAGCCACACCGACACCAAGCAAAUACUCAUUUUUAUCAAAUGCUGGAAGAAAUAAGAUUUGGAAAUAUUUCUGAGAAAACGUGGAAUAGCUUGCUACAAAAAGCAAAUUCUUAUAAACCUCAACAUUCAUUAUCUUCUCUCAUAACGACUACACAUAUCAUAUCUUAUAAACAAACAGCUGAUCAACUAAAUCGUACUAUAAAUAAUGUAUUGCCUGUAGAGAAUGAUAAAUUUAUGAUUUGUGAGGCACUAGAUUACAUCAACAGUGUUCAACAGCCAACUGAAAUUACACAAUCUGACUUUAAACUAAAAACAAACUUACCUCCUUUAUUACAUAUACAACAGGGAGCAAGAGUAAUGUUUCUAAAUAAUUCUUUGAUAGAAAAGGGCAUUUGCAAUGGAACAAUCGGAAUUAUUACCGAUUUUGACAAAGAGACACUAACCGUUCAAGUAGCAUUUUGUAUUAAAAUUGGAAUAAUACACUGUUGGAUAUCUCGCUAUACAUCUUACUUCUAUGCAGCAGGCCAACCGGCAUCACGUACUCAAUUCCCUCUUCAGAAUGCAUUUGCAUUAACAGUACAUAAAACGCAAGGCCUUACAUUACCUAAUGUCACGUUAAUUCUAGACAGUCACAUGUUUUCAGCAGGCCAAGCUUAUGUAUCUAUCAGUCGCUGUCCAACAUGGGACAAUCUUAACAUAGCUUCCUUAUACAAAGAUGCAUUUAUUACUGAUCCAAGCGUAAUUGAAGAGUAUAGCCGUUUACAUAUGUUAGCUAAUCAAUGUCUACCACAUACAACUGAUAUUUAUGCAAAUACUAUUAUUAUACUCGUCAUACUUCACCCGGUUGACAUAGUCGGCCGGGUUCAGCACGACUGCUCUAGUUAG